CGUGGCUUGACAGUUUAUGAAGAAGAAUCUCGUGUGGUCCAUAAAUUUAAUCUCCAUAAAUCUUCAUCAUCAUGGCGUCAUCAAUUGGCUUAACCGGAAAAUUUUUUAUUGUCGAUUUAAUUGAUGGAAACAAUUAUUGCCAUGUUACUGUUGUGCCAGACAUUUGGAUCUUGCAGGCUGAUGACAAUUCUUCAAAAUGUUGGUAUCCUAAAAUUUCUGGGCACAUUUCAUCAAAGAAACGUGAAGUACCAAAACCAUGUUGGUAUGUUUAUCCUUGUAUCGUCAGAAAGGAAUAUGAUUCAUAUGAAUCUGCUCGUUCACAGGAGCACAUUGCUUCAAUUCAAUCAGACAUUAAUACUGAGGGUGAAGAUGAUGCCAGUCAACCUAACACGUCAUUGGGAAAAGGAAAGAGACACAAGAGGCCGAAUAAAAGAUUCUUGCCUGAUGAUGAAAGCGUUGGUGUAUAUGGACCCACCCAGCCAGAAACAAUUGUGAUUCCAACAAUUCCAGGUAGCUUAUUAAGGAAUUCUGUUGAUGGUGGUGUUCCUGCUGUACGCCCAACAGCACCACUUGCAGUUCAGUGGAGAUGCAAUAAUUCUGUUGAUGACCCUGGUGGAUCUGGGCCCACUCAGACAGAAGCAAUUGUGAUUCCAACGGUUCCAGUUAGCCUAUUAAGGAAUUCUGUUGGUGGUGUUCCUGCUGCACUGCCAAUGACACCUUUUGAAGUUCAGCAAAGUUGCAGUAACUCUUUUGAGGAAGUCUCGCAGCAUAUGAGAGGGGAAAUUACUGUUAAUUCUACGGAUGACAAUUCACCAGUUUCCUACAACAACUUGUAUUCACAAGAAAUGCCCUAUUCCGGCACGAUUGGAAAUCAGCGGAUGAGUGUUGCGGUACCGAAUCAAUCAAACAUCUUGAGCGAAGUAGAAAUGCCUAACGGUAGUACGCGUAAUGUUUUUUUGGGAAAUCAGAGGAAUCAAUCAAACACCUUGACUGACGGUUCUGUAGCAUUGAUUGGGAAGUUGGUAAGAUAAGUCCUUAAACUACAGGAAUUUAUUUAAAACAUGAUGGCGAAACUCGUCGUUAUGGAAUCAAAGAUGGAAAGCCAUCGACAGCCAGUAGCAGAAACACUAGCUAAUCCAGAGUUCCUUCUAGAACCUCUGCAAGAAAUUGAAGAAAUACAAGCUUUGGAGGAAUCUUUACGUGACCCAGAUCUUUAUUUUCAGUUAGUUGGGAUGAUUCGUUCCUUGGGAGGAGCAUCCAUUAGAGAUGCCUUGAAACGUGAUAGGGUUUUCUCCAUAAAGGUGAUGGCUUCCGUUAAUUGGGAGGGUAAGAUAAAAAAGUGAUCACUUCAAAAGCAGGGUCUGAAGCAGUCCAUUGUUACCAAAGCCGUGUUUGAAUAAUUCUUAGUGCGAACGACAUCCCGCAAAUCCAAUAACUUCGAAUUGGAAACAGAAACAAAGAAGAUAAUGAAAGGAAUGCCAGAGAAGUAUCGAAAACGAUGUGCGACUGAAAAGUUGAUAUCGAAUGAAUGUGAAACUGACAGCACCUUAAACCGUCCUGGCACUUCCCCGGACAGUGAGUAGAGUAUGUUAAAGAGCUCUUGAACGACAGUGAGAGAGAAUCAACUCCCAUUGGUUGGCAACAAUUGAGAAUUACCGUAUAAUUCAAGAAUUCAACCUGGAGUACUCGGAGAAACCCUCCAAUUUUAAAGUGUUAAUCAAGAUUAACAAAGAGGGACAAUUUCAGUCUAAAUCAAGACACUUUGCAAUAAAGCUCAACCUGGAUGGAAUAAUCUUGAAUAGACGAGUGCCGAUUUAAGCAAUGAGUUUCGCGUUUCGUCCAUCAACUAAGGAUCCGACUGCAGCCUAGAAAUUUAGAUGUUGUUUGUUUUCAAUCAUGUACUGUGUCAAGUUCUUAAUCAAUAAAAAAUCAUUUAAAACAUU